AUGAUAGGGGAUUGUGAAUUUUGGGAUGGGCUUGAGUGGAUAUGGAAUUUUCAGUGGCGGAGAGAGUUAUUCCAAUGGGAGCUGGAACUUGUCCAUCAACUUCAUGAGCGGCUAAGGCCGGUGAAGCUGUUAGAUGGUAAAGAUGAUAAUAUGGUUUGGAAGUUUGAUAGUAAAGGGGUAUUUUCUACCAAGUCUGUUGUGCAGGUCCUACAAUCGGAGACUCUGUCGGAUGAGAUAACGAGCUACAGUUUCACAAGUUCAGUUUGGAGAGGAGUGGUACCACCGAGAAUUGAGCUUUUUGGGUGGUUUGUGCUUAUUGGUAGAGUGAAUACUAAGGAGAGGUUGAGCAGACUAGGCAUUAUCAGGUUCAGUGAUAAUCUCUGUGUACUAUGUAAGAAGGAGAUAGAGUCGGUGGAGCAUUUAUUCCUCCUCUGUGAGCUAACAUGGCAGGUGUAG